GCCAAAAGCAAACCACGACGUUAACACAGCAUCUCAGCAAGUCGCAGCAUUUAUUUUUGAUUUUUUAUUUCCAACUCGAGUUGUGUAUUUUUUGUUUGGUGUAAUUUUUAAUUAUUUGUGUGCGGUUGCCAGUUGAUUUUUGGCAAAGAUUGUCCGUGUAUUUAAACAAAUAAAACAACAAAAUGAGCUUCACGCGUCAGCUGUCCGAGAUGAGCGCCAGCGAACUGAACGACGCUAUUGAUGAUACGAAUUUUCCACAGGCGCAUAUCCUGUCGCGUGGUCGCAACAACAGCGUAUGCUCAACAAGUAGCACCUCGGGCACCUCCUCGCUGGCAGGGGCAGCAGCAGCAGCAUCAGCAGGGGUGCAAACACCCUCACAGCCAGAGGAUGCGUGCGACGAACUGGUGGCCAGCAGCACUCCGCAGCGUCCACGCUUGAUACUGAAGACCAACAGCAGCAUUACGGAAAAUAGCGAUGGUACACAACCGCAAACACCAAUGACACCGCGCACAUCGACAACGCCAGGUAGCCAUGAGAAGUGCACGUUCCACCACGACUUGGAGCUGGACCACAAGCCGCCAACGCGUGAGGCGCUGCUGCCAGACAUGGCGCGUUCCUAUCGCCUGCUGCUCGGCGGCCUGGGCGAGAAUCCUGAUCGUCAGGGCUUGAUCAAAACACCCGAGCGUGCCGCCAAGGCAAUGCUGUACUUCACCAAGGGCUACGAUCAGAAUCUGGAGGAUGUGCUUAAUGGCGCUGUAUUCGACGAGGAUCACGAUGAAAUGGUUGUUGUCAAGGACAUCGAAAUGUUCUCCAUGUGCGAGCAUCAUUUGGUACCAUUCUAUGGAAAAGUAUCCAUCGGCUAUUUGCCCUGCAACAAGAUACUUGGACUUAGCAAACUGGCACGCAUUGUUGAGAUAUUCUCGCGCCGUCUGCAGGUUCAGGAACGCUUGACCAAGCAAAUUGCGGUUGCUGUCACACAGGCGGUGCAGCCAGCAGGCGUUGCAGUUGUUGUUGAGGGCGUGCACAUGUGCAUGGUUAUGCGGGGUGUGCAGAAAAUCAAUAGCAAAACCGUUACUUCUACUAUGUUGGGCGUCUUCCGCGAUGAUCCAAAGACCCGUGAGGAGUUCCUGAACCUAGUCAAUAGCAAAUAAUCUACUUUAUUUGUUGACAUGUUUAAAUCAAUUUGUUGAAAUUUUAGUUCCGUUUAUUUAAUGUUCAAAAAAGUAAUUUUGAUGAGAUUUAUUUCAAUGCGAAUUUUGGUGUUGGUAGUUUUACCUAUUUUAUGUUCAUUUUGAAUGCAAUUUAUGUCACUUGAGCCAUAUUUUUUACAUGCAUACUUACAUUCUUGAGUACAUACAUAAAUGUACACAAUAAGGGAACAACUAAUGAUAUAUCAUUGCAAACCGUUUAGGGAAUUUACACUUAAGCUAAAAUUCGAAUAAAUAAAUAUACAAUUGAGAAAAUAUAUAUUUACAUAAUAAAACGUA